GUGAUGGGGUUCUGCGCGUUUGAGGGCCGAGCCGGUUGACGCGCGGAGGGGGCGGGAGGAGGAGGAGCGGCGGCCCCGGCGACAGGCCCUGAAACGAUGGCGGCCAGGUAUGACCGAGCCAUUACCGUUUUCUCGCCGGACGGACACCUCUUCCAAGUGGAGUACGCGCAAGAAGCGGUGAAGAAAGGCUCCACCGCCGUUGGGAUUCGAGGUAAAGACAUAGUUGUCCUCGGUGUGGAGAAAAAGUCUGUCGCAAAACUUCAGGAGGAACGAACAGUGAGAAAAAUCUGUGCACUUGAUGACCAUGUCUGCAUGGCAUUUGCAGGUCUAACUGCUGAUGCUAGGAUAGUGAUUAAUCGAGCCCGAGUGGAGUGUCAAAGUCAUAAACUUACUGUGGAAGAUCCGGUGACUGUUGAGUACAUCACGCGUUUCAUUGCGACUUUGAAGCAGCGCUACACACAAAGCAAUGGACGAAGGCCCUUUGGAAUCUCUGCAUUGAUUGUGGGGUUUGAUUAUGAUGGCACGCCACGUUUGUACCAGACUGAUCCAUCUGGGACAUAUCAAGCUUGGAAGGCAAAUGCAAUUGGUCGCAGUGCCAAGACAGUCCGAGAAUUCCUGGAAAAGAACUACACUGACGAAGCGAUUGCAACAGACAAUGACACCAUCAAGCUGGCAAUUAAGGCUUUACUAGAAGUAGUACAGUCUGGCGGGAAAAAUAUUGAACUGGCCAUAAUAAGGAGGAAUCAGCCACUCAAGCUCCUAGAUGCAAAAGAAAUUGAACACCUUGUUGCAGAAAUUGAAAAGGAAAAGGAGGAAGAAACUGAAAAGAAAAAGCAAAAGAAAACCUAAUUCUUACAAGAAAUGAAAUAGUAACUUUGUUAAUGCUGCAAAUUAGACUUUAGUUUUUGAUCCAAACGGCACGUGGAGUGCUGCAAAACAUUAAAGGCUGAAUUUUCCCUCUUCCUUGCUCACCCCUCCUGUGAUGCCUGCACUUGUGGUGUGGCUGAACUCCCUGGGGGCGAGACACAGCCAAUACUGCUCUUAGCAGCAGCCCAUCAGAGAACCCUUAUCUGAAUGUGAUCAGGUAACUACAUUUCAUGGCAUCUGAAGACUGAAUAAAAAGGUGCUCCAACGGGACAUUUUCAUCACUGUGUAAAAAUACCAGGAAGCUGUAGUUUAAUUAUAUUCACCUUUUUUUAACGAACAAAAGACGGUUUGUCAGUGAUGUGGAUACAAUAAAGAUGCAAGCUCCUUUUCAUUUGCAUCAAAUGGUCUUAGUCCUGACCCUUAUAUUGAAUGAGAACUGCAGUGAUAAGUAUUAGGCUAUACGUGAAGGCUUGCAAAAGAAAUCAGAGCCCUCCUGAAGGUUCAAUGAGGAGCUGAACGAUUGUGAGCAGGAAGCUGUGCAACAUGAUUUGACCUCAGCAAGGUGGUGAUGGGGACAAAAAAAUUAAAAGGAUCUCUCUUCCUUUCCUGCCCCCUUUCCCUGAUGAAGUGGCCAAAUGCACUGAGACAAGACGCUCAUCAGUGUUCAGGCCCCAGUCUGUGUUGAGCUCGAUUAUCCCUGUUGUUGGAGGGCAUUGCAGUUGUCUCUGGCUGGGAAGGGGUGGAAAUUAGCCUGGGCGCACAUUUCUUAUAGCUAUCCAGUGAUUGCUAUUGAAAGUGCUGUAAAUGAGUGAACAAAUAGACAGCCAGUAUUCACUAGGGAAAUAACACUAUUUGGGUAAGGGUUUCCAGAGAUGUUACCGAUCUGGAACUCUACUCUGUCCCAAAUCACGACCUUCAGUUGAAGAAGGGAGAAAGAUGGGGAUAACGUAAUGUUGUAGCGUCAGCCUUUUAAAUGGUAUCUCAAAAGAAAGCACAGUAUUAUGCCUGUUUACAAAAAAAGUAUUUCAAAACUUGGAAGGUUGUAUGGUUUGUUAACUUUAGUGUUAAUUUAGUGAUCGGCACACUUUUGCUGUGCAUACAUUUUGAGUUGUUGUUACAAUUGUGCAUUGGUUUAAAUAAAUAUUGAAUUUUGCUUGCAGGA